AUGUCGGAUACCAUCGAGGAAAAGGAGACGCGCACAGAAGAACACCAAACGGAGGAGGCAUGGAAAGCCGAUAAUAAGGAUUCCUCGGAUAACAAACAGACAACGGCUCAAAACUCAGGGAUAUUGCAGCAGGCUUUACAAACAUCCGCAGACAAUAUGAACAAGAAUGGGAAUGGAGACGGAGAUAGUCAUUUACCGAAAAAAGUUGUUAUUGACGAUAAAGGCGACUCAAAAGAAAUCGAUAAUAGUACUGAAGAUGCAGUUAUUGGUUUAUCAUAUCAGGUGAAUAUGGAUCAUAAUUAUGGAAGACGAUCUGGAAGUGCACAAAAAAAUGAUGAGGAAAGUGGAGAAAAAUUUCCUAUCAUUGGUGGACUUGCUUCUUACAUCGGACAUGAAGUCAGUAAAGUUCCUGUAGGCUGCCAUUCUCGAGAUGCAAACUCGGGACACUUUUCAAGAUCACAGAAUUAUGGAACGCACUAUCGAAAGAUCUCAGAAAUUGAUUCGCGCACAUCUGGUAGAAUAUAUUCUGCUGUGGGAGGAUGUCGAACAAAGCAGAUGCGAAAGCAAGUUUUUGCAAAUAAGGGAGAUGAGCCACCAGUUUCAUCCAGUGGACAAUUAUUUUCCCGACAAAUUCCCAUUACAACUACGCACAAUUACCGUGCUCCUCGUCGGGGUUUAGGAGCCACUCAGAUAUCGGCUAAUAAUCAAAGUGAUAUACUGUUCCGUUCACGUCAUUUUGUGGGCUCCAGUGGAGCAUUUGCAACAUCAGCACCAACGAACAAAAGAUUGCUUAGACCAUCAUAUCCUUCAACUCCUGCAGUAUCAACUUUUCGUCAAAGCAUACGUCAAAUAAUUCCUACUAGCAAAUCGAUUGCGACAACAAUGCCUGCUUAUGCGACAGCAGUUAAUGUAACAGGUGCCGAUUCCGAAACACAUGCCACUGAUAUGAGUGUUGGUUUAGCGCCGUUCCUCGUACCAUCUCGACGGCCUCGUCCAGUUGUCCGAAACCGAGCGCGAGUAUCACGUGAGCCAGAUAAAGGAACAGAAUUGUUAGUGCAGAAAUCUGUAUCCAGUGACCCUCAGAUAGACAAUACAAUUCACGAUGAAGGGCAGUCUAACAUCGGUAUUGCUCCCCGACAACGUCUUCCAAAAAACAUAGGUCGUAAUAGUGGAGUUAUCAAACAACAGUAUAUCAUGGCGGAACCUCUUGAACCUUGUCAUGUUCCUCAUAUUCAGCAUACUGCACAGCGUGUAGUUCCAAAUGCUGAUUCAGUGACAAGCAUGGUUGUUGAUGAAAAGUUGUCACCGAAGACUCUUCAAAAUUCCUCUGCAGCCGUUCACUGUAAAGAAGAGCAGGAAGCAUCUUCACAAAGUCUUUCUCUUAAUUCUCAUGAACCGAUUUAUGUCAGUAAUGAGGGCAGAAUACAUGAUCGUCAACAAAUUGCUCAGGCUUGUACAGCCUUUCCUCAUCUUUCGCAGCAAGAUAUCGCAAAAUAUGCUGAGGAUCAUUGUCGAAAGUCCCAGAAGCCCCAAAUUUGUCAUUCUGAGAGCGCCGUUUUUGAUAGUCCGAAGGAAAUGGAGAUGGAUCGUGUCGCUCAACAAUCUGUGACGCAACCUGUAAUAAACUUUUCGGUAGCGAGUUCUUCUAAGGGACUUUCAGAGGAAAUUGCUCUUCACGGACAGCAAUCACUAUCACCUGGGCAUGUUACCAAUAUUUAUUCCCCCAUUGCUUCUCCACUUGAUCAGGACCAUGGAUUUGAUUCACGACAGCAAAAGGUAACGCAGCCAACAUCAGAUGAGACAGAAAUGCCCGUGUUGCCUUCCAAAGACAGAACAACAAGUGAUAAUAUUCCAGCAGCACUUGACUGUGCAGUUAUUUCAAAAAAAAUUGAUCAUAAAGCUCCGGCCGAAGAUAUGUCGAAUAGAGAGGAACCACAUAUUUUUAAUGAAACAUUGAACGAGGCUUUAGAGCAGCGAGUUUCUGUUGCGACGCAUUCAUCGGUUAGCGGAGCUGAGGAAGAAACGAGCGUGAAUGGUAAUGGUGAUGAAAAAGGAACGGAAGAUGAAGGUGGUCGAAUCACCGAAACAAUCGCUGGUGUAGAUUCGCUAUCAAACAACAAUAGUGAAGAUGAUUGGGAAGAAGAAUACACGACCCGUUGUUAUUGUGGCUUGAAUCAUAACGACGAAUUCAUGAUACAGUGUGAUGUGUGCAAUGUAUGGCAACACGGCAGGUGUAUGGACAUUGAUCGACGUCGAGUACCAGAUACUUACCAAUGUGAAGAAUGUAAUCCACGUCAAUUGAAACUUAGCAAAACUCAGGCACGGGAGAUGCAGUUAAAAGUGCUUGCUCGACAGCGCAGAGAAAAGGAAAGAAAACGUCGCCAAAGAGCUAAAGAACCCUUUAAAAAGAAAAUUCGGGAAAAAUCAAGAGAAAAGAAGAAAAGGAAAGCAAGAAGAAAUUUAUCGAAAGAUUAUGUCGAAUGUUUCAAGUAUGAAUAUACAAGAUCUGUCAUGGCAUUUUCACGCAAACACGAAGACACGGGUGAUCCUGCGGUAUUGAAAGCACUGCAAAAUGGCGAUGGUGUGAGUGUUAUGUAUGUUACGCAGGUGUCCAUGGGGCUAGUUUCGACACGACUAUACCAUGGUGAUGAACCGGUAAUAUAUAUUUGUGGGCGUGUGUCGCUUCCUCAUGAAUGCUGUGGUCGAGAAGAACCAGGAUCAAUCAUACCUUAUGUCAUUUUAUAUAGUGAUAUAGUGGUUGAAGAAAACAGAGAACCUACACCAAUUUGUAUUGAUGCUCGUCGGUUCGGUUCUAAAGCACGAUUUGCGCGUGCAUCUUGUCGACCAAACAUCAAGUUGCAACAUUUCUUUUUAAAAGGCAAGCUCCAUAUCAUCGGCAUUGCCACUGGAAACAUCGAACGUGGUGAAGAGAUUACUCUUCCUUUUGAUGCGGAUUACUUCUUGUCAAAGACGAAACUUGUUUGCGCAUGUUCAGCGGAUGACGAAGAUGAUGGCACCGUGGAUUGUUUAAUCCGUAAUUUUAAUCGAUCGCUUGAAGAGAGACAAAAUCGAGUCAGCGCUAUUGUUGCUCUAAACACAGUUUUAAAUCCAAAGGUAAAUGUUGAUACUACCUCGAAAGAUUAUGUCAGAAAACAGUGUAUGGAACUGGAGAUCGCAAAAGUUCAGUCGGAUUUGAAGUCUAAAAAUGUUACAAGUGGAUCUCGACAUUCUCCUAUAACAUUUUCAUCGAAAACAAUUGCAUCUGAUUAUAGUAACGAAGCUAAUACAGUCGAAACAGCAACAGCUGUAACACCUACUACAGAAGAUGAGAAUGCGAUUAAUAAAAAUGUAUUACCAGACAGCUCAGUUAAGAUUCGAUCCUGUACUCGAACUACCGGAAAUGGUUCUUCAAGAAAAGCUCAGAGUAAGCUGCCAAAAAUAUCUCUCAAUACUUCAUCACAUAAGAAAAAAGGUGGCAUCAAAUUACGCCAUCGUGGAGCAGCUGGCUGUAGAACUGUCGAAACAGAACAAGAAGCAUGCAUAAAUGAACUUCAACCAAAGGCGAAAACUGGAGUUAUUUUUAUCAUCAAGGACACCGCUGAUGUUGAUAGCUCACUGAAAAAAGUAGCAUGUCCAACUGACGAAACAAGUGUACAUGUGCAAACAGAGGAACAGAAUGAACAGAAGUGCGAAGGACAGUCCGUAGAAGCGAAUGAGGUUAUGAUGGAAAAAUUGAGAACACAUACAGAAGUUGAAAUAAGAAUUGAAAAUGUACAGAAAUCAGAUGCAGUAGAUGCAAGACCGGUUGUUAAGAAGAAUGCUGGUAGACCAAGAAAAAAACAGCGAGCUUCAGUUGAUGCGAAAGUAAUUGAUUCAGUUGGCUGGACAGGGAAAAAUGAAGGAAAUGAACACUUGGCCGCUUCUGAUAGGUCAACGAAGAUACAUCAUAAAAGAAGUGGUCUGGUGGAAGAGUCGCGAGAAGAACGUAAAGUACUGCAAGAGCUUGCACUGUUCGAACGCAUGCACCAGCGCGAAGCGAAAAGGCAACGACAUGUAGUCUCGCGUGGAUCAGGAAGUACUGGAAGUGCUUGCUCUCGUACUUCAUCCACCAAUGGCCCACAGCCGGAGUCUAAAAAGGUUGCAAAGAUUGUAGACGGUGCAAAUAAUGGAAGAAAUACAAAAAGUCAACAGCGAAACGAGAUUGGCAUGAAGACGAAAAAUAUGAAACGCCGACGACGUGUAUCAAGCUCAGAAUGCUCUUCAACAGUAGCGAUGAAACGAAGUCGUACCAUGAGCGAAGAUGUAAAAUCUGAAGCAGAGCAAAGUCUAAAUGACAUGAUUAAAAAGGCAGUAUCAUUUUCACGUUUUGCUCAAUGCUUCACUAUUGAACCAAAGUCAGAAUCUAAAAUGAAAGGAAACAUAAAAGGUGUGACUGGAAAGGUAGAACCACAAGAGUUAGAAGUGACCACUGAUAAUACGGCUUUCAGUUGCAAAGAUUCUUCUUUGCCAUGUGCAGAACAAGAAAUGCAAGACACAGGUUCCAUUCAGCAGUGCGACAGUACGACUAUCUGCCCUCCCAGUGAGGAUCAUAUGAAAGACGAGAUAGAACCGCUACUGAAAAGAAAGCGUGAAAGUCAUGAUAAAGGUGUAUCAGGAGAACUUCGUGCUUUCUUCCAUAAGGUGAUUGAAACUGAGGCAGCUUGUGAACCAUCAGACUUCUCUCUGGAUUUGUUGGAGGGAGUUCAGCUCCCCUCAACUUCUUUACGUGCUGAAUGUGGUAAAAAUCAAAUGAAGGUUGCAGAAGCUCCUAAAAAAAAGAUGUCACUAGACGAAUAUAAAAGAAGAAAGAGCUCGAAAACCACUGUGGAUUCGGAGAAGACAUCUUCAUUUGCUAUCGAAAAGAAAGCAGAAGACAGUGAACACAAGGAAAUAUCAUUAUCUCGUUCUUUCAUUCCGUUAAUGAAUGCCAGUGAAAGUGUUGGGAAGCGCACAUCACUUCGUCUUGGCGUCCUUCCUGAUCCUGUACAGCUGCGUGCAACUCCAACACUUUCAAUUGAUGACCUGAAACGUCGUAUUUAUCGGCGAACGACACCAUCAACUAUACUAACUUCAAAUACUGAUGGUAUUUCACCUUCUUUUAUGGUGCAGAAGAACGUUUCACAUACCUCACCAGGACAGUGCUCUGAGGAAGGACCAGCUUCAUUUGUAUCGUCAUCCUCGUCAUCAUUAUGGCAAAGAGAACCAUCUUCAACCGUACCUUCGAAUAAAGAUAAAAGACUCCCACUCGAGGAGCGAUUACGCUUGGUACUUGGCUGUGGUGAGGGAUAUGCUGAUAGGUACAGUUCAUCUGCAUCUCCACCAGCUGUCCCUCCACCACCUCCACCGCCUCCCCCUCCUGUUCCUAUUAAGAACCCAGAAAUACUAAAACUGAAGUGCGAUUUCUCUGGCGACGUUCAUUCUGAUAUUCCCCUACCACCACCACCACCACCGGCGACUACUCCAUCUUGCAGUCAACUUGAUCAACGUUCAUAUGACGCACAUGCGUCGGGACCUCGUAGAGGCUGA